UCGGGAAGCUUCCGCAGCGCGCCCUGCGGGACCCUUCCAGACAGCCGAGCCCCUCCAUUCCCACGCUCCCCCGCCCUGCAGCAGUGGUAGCGCCCGAACGCCUCGCGUCACCCAUUGUUUACAAAUCGAACUGAACCGGCUGAGCUCCAGUUCCCGGAGCUGCGGCGGCGGUGGCGGCACUUGGUGCGGCCGGCUCGGUGCUAGACCCUAGCGCCUUGUCUUCGGGAGCUGCCGCCGGAGCCCGUCAGGGACUGAGGAGGGACAGCAGCGGCGGCGGCGGAGCUCCAGAGUCCGAGCUGCGGACCGAGGCCAUGCCGUGCCGGAGGGAGGAGGACGAGGACUACGAGACGGCGGCGUCUGGAGCGGAGGACUACGAGGAGGAGGGGGAGGAAGAGGAGAGCUUCCUCGUGCUGCAGCAGUCGGUGACUGUCGGGGGCUCGGGGGAUGUGGACAGGCUGGUGGCCCAGAUCGGGGAGUUGCUGCGACUGGACGCGGCGCACGUGAGUCGGCCCGCCCCCCGGGAGCCCCUGGCGCGCAAGCAGCCGUCGCCGCUGCUGCCGCCUCCGGAACCGGCUCCGGCGCCCCUGCAGCCGUCGGGACCGCUGCAGUGGCCUGGGAACGGGGCCGGCGCUGCCCUGUCCUGGGCGAGCAACGUGGGCGCCAUCGCGCCCCUUCCGUCCCGCGUGCCGUCGAGUCCCUGCGUCCCGGGGGGAGCACCGAGCCGGAGCAGCACCUCUGCCCUGCACAUCUGCAAGCGGGGCCUCCCGCAGCCGCUGGCGGGCCCGUGCAGGCGCACCUGGCUUCGAGGCGCCGCCCACUCCCGCCGUCAGCGGCACCGGCACCACCACCACCACCACCACCACCACCGGCACCGGCACCGGCACCGAGGGCAGCCGGGACUCCGGGCAGGAGGGAACGACUCCCACCGGCUUCUGCAGCAACUUCUCCUCUCGGGGGACCUCAUCAAGGAAGCCGUGCGGCGACUUCAGAGAGCUGUGGCCGCGGUUACAGGCGCCGGGAGCUCCGCUACCCCCGACACCAGCCCCUCUUUCGUCUUUGCCCCCGGGGGUGGGAGCGACUGGGGCGGGAGGGACUCUAUCUCCCUGCAGCCCUCCACGACCAGCCUGCUCUAACCCAGAGAAAACUUGGACCACCGACCCACUGAUGACAUUCUGGUCUCCAGCAGCUAGUGGACCCAGAAGGCCAAAAGGCGAGAAGAGGGGCGACUGAGAUUCUGCAAACUGCCACCUCAGACUGACGUGAAUGAACUUGGGAACCCGAGGAAUGGGGUGGGAAGGCAAAGAAAAGGGACCGUCUGCCUAAUUGGAGGCAAAUGAGGAAUCCACAACUUUACAGACUGGGGAGGGGAAAGGGGUUUUGGAAAGUUGCUAGGAUGGGUCUUGGUGGUUUACCUUGGAUAUUUACUGUCGGCCUCGGGGACCUGUGAGCAAAUACCCCAAUCUGUUCAGAUAAACUAAUAUGGCAGCUACUACUUUCAUUGACUGGGCCUAAUUUUUCUCUCUGAGGUCCAGUGUUUGGAUUAAAAAUGUGGGGAUCUGAUGGGUUCAAAAGCGGAUUUUUUUUUUUUAUAACACUUGAAAACUGUUAAUUAUGUGCGCGUGUUUUUUUUUUUAUUUUGGGAAAUUGUUAAGGAAAAUGGUGCUACAGUUGCAUUGGGAAGAAAUAAUGGUCGGAGAAUAAAUUGGGGGCGGAAUGGGUUGAAUGGGACCCAUCCCAUUCUCUACUGGGAAUGGGCAGUUGACUUUUUCCGGGGAGAGGAGAGGGACUGAGUAGGAUUUACUAGGUGGGGUGGAAAAUAGUUGAGGUUAAAUGCUCCUUGCAGUCUGAAGAGACCUUUGAGAAUCUGUCCUUCCAAUCUGUUUCCUUCAAGGUCACUGUUUCCCACAAGCUAUGUUGUGACUCUCCUGGCAGGAGAGUAACUGUAUCCUGGCUAGUUCUGCUUGUACUCCAAGUGGAGCCCUGUGUUUUGCAACUGCUGGGUGUCUCCUGAGGACAUGCACGCUGUGCCUACUAGCGGGGAGGGGAUGGUAGAUGCGGGCUCUCGGCGCAUACUCCUUUUUAGAGCUCCUCCUGCUGUUGACUACAGCUCUUGGCCAGGGAUCAAGAUUUCCUAGAAACUGUUAGGAAAAAAGCGCUCACUUAUGUUUCCUUUUCUUGCUCUCUGACCCUCCUAGCGUCUCCCUUUUCUGUCUAGCUUCGAGCCCUCCUUUGGGGUUCCUCCCUUGGGAUGUUUGUAUGUGAUAGAAAAUGAAGGUGGGAGGGAUUUAGAGCAAAGACAUGCAGACACCCACGUUUCUAAUGGCCCCUCCGGAGCCUCUUGCAAUAAUAGCAGCGAUUCCCUUGAUAGAGGUGGUUUAUUUCCUUUUCUCUCUCCAUAGCUGCUUUUCUUUUGUGAGUGAAUGAAACCAGACUAAAAAUGUGACCCUCUGAAUGGAGGAGCUGCAGGGUUCACCAUUGUGAAACAUAAUGAGGUGUUGGAAACAUACCGACUCUGUGAUUUAAGGUAGCCCAAGAACAGUUUUAAGAGAUUGAUUGCUUGACUCAUUCAGAUAUGGUUGUUGAAAUACUGGUGGUCCUGAUUUAUAGGAUUUAUCUUUCAUUGAAAUGACUGAAUAAACCUGGGUUUUUGGGGGUUUUUUUGUUCUUGUUUUUAUAAUGUUAUUGUUUCUGGGUGUGAAAAUAAACAUCUGAUACAAUGAAAAGAUUUGAAAUGCAUCCCACAGGGUGCCUCUUUUAAAAGCUCAUGGAAGGAUAUGCUUAUUAAGUUAUCUUUGUUUUGGGUUAAAAUGGGAGAUAACCUAUGAGUGUACAAGAUGAAGAGAAAAUGAAAUGGUCAAAUAAAAGAUAAAA